AUGGAGAGCCCCACCCUAUGGCUCCCGCCGCUCGUCCUCCUCCGCUCCACCCCGCCGCCGCUCUCCAGCCCGCUCGCCGCACUCCCCGCCGCGCUCUACGCGUUCCACUACGUCCACCGCACGCUGGUCCACCCGCUCCGCCUCGCCCGCCUGCGCCGCGCCCCGGCCCCCGUGCCGGUCCUCGUCGCCGCUUGCGCCCUCGCCUUCAACCUCCUCAACGCCUACGCGCAGGCCCGCUCCUUCGCGCUCCACGCGGCCCGCCCGGCCUCCCGCUCCGCCCUGGCUCGCUGCAUCGCCUGGCUGGCCCUCUUCGCGUGGGGGAUGCGGACGAACAUCGCGGCGGACAAGGAGCUCCUGCGGCUCAAGGAGGCCGGCGGCGGGUACAAGAUCCCGAGGGGCGGGUGGUUCGACCUCGUCACCUGCCCCAACUACUUCGGCGAGACCGUAGAGUGGCUGGGCUUCGCCGUGGUGGCGUGGACGCCGGCGGCGUGA